AUGUGCGCGAAAUUCGUUUGUGUUGUGCUCGUGGCCAGCUUUGUGUGCGGCGCUCUGGCUCUGCCCUCGCAGGACAGCAGCGAAAAGGACUUAGUGAAUAUGCUCAAUAAACUGGAUAAUGAGGAUUCGGUUCCAUUGUUUGGCGGCCUACGCAUCGAUCGCACCGAAACCGGUCGCAGCUUUGGCUCCGCCAAGGGUCUCGAAUCGUUUGAGGAUCGUGCCGAACGCUAUCUGGAAACGCAUGAGCUGAAUCUCUCGUUCUCUGGCGAUGAGCAGGAUGAGAAUGCCGAGAAUGUUUACAGCGGACGCGCCAUGGAUGAGUCGCGCAGCAAGCGCAUGAAGAAGAUGCUGCUGCCUCUGUUGUUGAUCUUGAAACUGAAGAAGGCGGUCGUUGUCAAGGUCAUGUUCACCAUCAUCAAGUUCAUCUCGCUGAAGGCUCUGGCCAUCUCCUUCCUUGCCCUCAUUCUGGCUGGUGCCACCUUCUUCAAGGAUUUGUUGGCCAAGAAGAAGGACCACAUCACCACUGCCUACAUCACUGGCAGCCCAUUGAACGCCGAGAUCGUGCACUCCGACUGGAACCGCAACGGCCAGGCCAGCGCCGCCGACUUGGCAUACAACCAUUACGGUCUGGCCCAGCCCUUCUAA